UGAUGAGGUAGCCCAGCACCAGUACAACGCAUUAGUCAGGAAAGGCAACUCAGUGAUCCCUUCAGCUCCAAUGAUGAACUUUGUGCGUGCCCAGAUCAAGAAAGCAGCUGAUGAGACCGAGACUAUUCUGGAAACAACCCCGGCUGGCAAAAGCGAUGGGGAAGGUGCACUUCGAGCAUUCAUUAAGCGCCAGGGCCAAAAGUUAAGGCGGCUAUCAAACCUUUUCGGUUGUCGUGACCCCGAGUAUGUAUCACCGGAACGGUCUAGGUCGGCGACACCAUCAGAUCCCGCUUCGGGGCAGGGCCAUGGUGAACCUUUGGAGGAUGAGGAUGUGGGUGUGGUCACCCAAGAGGUUGCUGAUGAUAUGACCGUGGGGACGUACCAGGCUCGGUCUGCAUACGAGUUGAAGCCUAGGAAGGGAAUCAACAAGUACACACCUGAAGACUUCACCCAAAGAGGCCAAAGAGGCAAAAGGACGGUCGGCACCUCGCGGAUGGCGGCUUUGGAUGACUAUUUGGAUGACGAUGUAGAUUACGUGGAGGAACCGGAGCCGGAGCCGGAGCGGGUUCCUCUUCCUAGGAAGGUGAAGAAGAUAAGCGUCAAGAGGGGGGAGGAGCCAGCAAGCGCGGAAAGCACUAGUCAUCAUCCUUUAUUUAUAAUGUUGAACUUAGAGUGGUGGUAGCUCUUAGUAAUGUGGAAUUUGUUAUGUCGUUGAACUUGGAGUGGUGGUAGCUCUAUGUUAAACUUGAACUUAUUGUGAUGGUCCUUUCUAAGAAA